AUGGGUUUUUACGAUUUUGUGGCGGCGGCGGGAAAGUCCUCCAUUGCGAUUUAUGCGAAACAGGUCGGUGGACCAGUUGGGGCUUGGAUCGUCAACAAUCCGAAAACGGCCACUGCUACUGGAGUCACUGUAAUUGGAGGCUACCUGUUUUACUAUUUUACUCACCAGAAGUAUCCUGCGCCUUGGUUAGACAGACGAAAACUCAAAUCUGGACUCAGCAAGAAGCAACUACUAGAAGAUGAGUUGACAGCGGAAAAAGUGGAGAAGGAAGAGUGGGAUGUAAUUAUUAUUGGUUCCGGUGGUUGCGGCCUUACGACAGGAAACCUUUUGGCGAGGAGUGGAUUGAAGGUGCUCAUUUUGGAAAAGCACUAUGUUGCAGGCGGAUGCACCCACACCUGGGAGAAGGAUGGCCGCGAGUUUGAUACGGGCGUACAUUAUCUUGGAAACUCGGCUAAAGACCUCUCCGCCACGACAGGAGCAAUGUUUGACUUCAUGAGCGAUGGAAAUCUGAAGUGGAGCGAGCUGGAUGAUAAUUUCGAUACUGUAGUGCUCAAUGGCGAAGAUGGGGAGCAGGACCGAUUCAAAUUUAUCAGAGAAUCAAAAACGAUUCAUGACAACACAAAAGCAUCUCUUCUCGAAAAAUUUCCUGAAGAAGCUGAAAACAUCGAAAAAUUCUUCUCCGAUUUGAAAGCUUUCAAGAAAUCAGGCCUUUACCUUGGUCUCUACAAAAUCCUCCCACUUUGGUUUUUGAAGCCUCUUAUUGCCUUGGGCCUGCACAACCGUCUUUUCGACAACAAAGCUUUUACUACUACAGUGAAGGACUACCUGGACAGCAUCACUUCGAAUAAAAAGCUCCAGUGCAUCCUCAACUACUGCUUCGGCGACUACGGUACGCAGCCACGUAAGGCGCCGCUGUUUAUCGGACUUGCUCUUAUCGAUCAUUUCCGCAAGGGCGGCGUGUUCCCAAUUGGCGGCUCAUCAAAGCUGACUAUGGACCUGGCUGAGCCGAUUGCUGCGCGCGGCGGAAAGAUUCUCGUCCGCGCUAAUGUUCUCCAAAUCAACGAAGAGCGCGGAAAUGUUACCGGAGUUACAGUCCUUCCAACAGGCGCCAAGAGCGGUGGAAAACCGUUCUUCAUCCCAGCCAAAAAAGUCGUCUCGACCGCUUCCGUUUGGUUCACCAACAUGAUGAUCGCAAACGAGAAGCUGAGGCUCCAAAUUGAUCACCUGACGCCGGGACUAGGUGCCAUGUACAUUUUCUUUGGCAUGGACAAAGCUGUAGGUGAUCUUCCGAAGCGAAACUGGUGGUGCUACAAUACCAAGGAAUAUGAUUUCGACAAGACAGUCGAUGAAUUCAUGUCUUUAGAAACCGCCGACUUCCUAGCCAGGGUUCAAACACCAAGAUUCUUGAAUCAAAGUUAUUAA